AUGGGUCUGAGCACUUCAAACACCUCGACCCAAUCAAUCAUCACAUCGUUCACCAUCAACGGGGUGGUGUGUGCUGUUUUCGUACUCGGAUUCCUCCUCUUGCGUGGGCGCUUCAAGCGCAUCUACCAACCGAAGUCCGCAUACGACCUUAUUGCGGAGGAUAAAAAGCCGGAGCCACUUCCUUCGGGGAUCUAUCGCUGGUUCAUAGUGUUGAUUCGCAAGCCGCACGCCUUCAUCUUGCAGCAGGCUGGAAUUGACGGCUACUUCUUCAUCCGCUACUUGUACGUUCUUGGCUGGAUCUGCUUCUGGGGCUGCAUUGUGCUUCUUCCAAUUCUCUUGCCGGUCAACGUGGUGGGGGGUCGUGGAAACAAGGGGUUCGACCUCUUGACGUUCUCGAACGUAACACACCACAGCCGCUACUACGCGCACGCAAUUCUCUCGUGGUUCUUCUACGGCGGUGUGAUGUUCGUUCUCUACCGCGAGUUGUUCUUUUUUACGUCGUUGCGCCAGGCCGCGCUCUCGUCACCACGCUACGCAAAAAAGCUCUCCUCGCGUACCGUAUUGUUCCAAACGGUUACUGACCAGUUUUUGGACGAGGAAGAGUUUUUUAAGUUGUUUGACGGGGUGAAAAAGAUCUGGGUCGCGCGCGCGCAGCCAGAUUUGUCCGCCAAGGUUAAACAGCGCCAGGAGAUGGCCAUGAAAUUGGAGGCAGCAGAGACAAAGUUGCUCACCAUGGCGUACAAGGCCAAGAUAAAGGCGGAAAAAAAGGGUGAGGUGAUUGAGCCGGCCGACGAAAUCGUCUGUUAUGUGCCACAGAAAAAAAGACCGUCACACAGAAAGUUCCCCCUUUUCGGCAAAAAGGUCGACACCAUUACCGAACUCUCGGAAAAACUCCCGGAGCUCAACCGCGAGGUCGAGGAGAUGCAGGCAAACUUCCGCAAUGCGCGCCCGCUCAACUCGAUUUUUGUCGAGUUUGAGUCACAGUACUUGGCCCAGAUCGCCUUCCAGACCGUGCUCUCCCACAGCCUGUUGCACAUGAACCCGAAACAGAUCGGUAUUGAACCACAAGAUAUCAUCUGGUCCAACAUGCGACUCAUGUGGUGGGAGCGGCUUGUGCGUGAGGCCACCGCGGCCGCCGCGUCUUGCGGACUCGUCGUGUUGUGGGCCAUCCCGGUGGCCUUUGUCGGUAUGAUUUCCAAUAUAACCUACUUAGUUGACAAGUUACCGUGGUUGGGGUUCAUCAUGAAAUUGCCCAAAGUGUUGUUGGGUGUAAUCACCUCGCUUUUGCCCACCAUUGUGUUGUCCGUGUUGAUGUCUUUCCUUCCGAUCUUCAUCCGCGGCUUUGCCAAGCUCUCAGGCGCUGCUUCUACCCAGCAGGUCGAACACUACACUCAGAAUGUCUACUUUGCCUUCCAGGUUGUGCACGUCUUUUUAAUCACCACGGUGACAUCCUCGGCCACCUCUGUGGUCACCCUGAUCAUUGAACACCCACAGGAUGCCAUGACGUUGCUCGCGAGCGGCUUACCAAAGUCUUCCAACUUCUUCGUCUCCUACUUGCUCCUCCAGGGUUUGUCGGUGGCAGGUGGUGCGCUCCUCCAGAUCGCCACCUUAGUAAUGUUCUACAUCAUGGGCUUGCUCGACACCACGCCACGCAAGAAGUGGACGCGCUGGACCUCCUUGUCAUCCUUCUCGUGGGGCACCGCCUUCCCCGUGCAUACGAACCUAGCGGUCAUCACACUUUCGUAUGCAAUCAUCUCGCCCCUCAUUCUCCUCUUUGCAUGCCUCUGUUUCGCCUUGUUGUACAUCGUGUACCUCCACAACAUCACUUACAUCUUUGUCGAGUCUGCUGACGGCAGAGGCAUGUACUACCCCCGUGCCAUCUUCCAGACCUUUACCGGGCUCUACCUCGGCCAGGUGUGUUUGCUCGGCCUAUUUGUGGUGGGCAAGGGCUGGGGGCCCAUCGUAUUGGAGUUGAUUGCUCUCGGUAUCACUAUCUUUGUCCACAUCAACCUCCUGGCCGCUUUCAGUCACUUGGUGACUGUUCUCCCUGUGGACUGUAUGAAGCCGUCUGACGGCGUCUCUGAGACUCCUUCGUACCCCGGGCAGAAGGCCAGUGAGGCAAACUUUGACUACCAGAACGCCAAGGAUGUCAAGGCCCAUGCUACGCAACCGUUGACUGACGCUAUGGCCAGUGAUGGUAACCAGGAAAGCCAGUGGGGUCUGCAGCCAUUGCUCGCCGAAGACGUUGACUACUAUGAAGACCCGCCAAAUUACUCGCGGUUCUUCCGCUAUUUUCUCCCCAGUGUGUACCUCAGCUACGCGGAGGUGAAGAAGAUGUUGCCCGAAAUCUUCCACUACCCGCUCGAAGCUGACAUGGCCGCCAACGAGCACGCCUACGACUUCCCCGACGUCAGCGCCACCCAGCCCGUCUUGUGGUUGCCUCGCGACCCCAUGGGGUUGUCCGAAAAAGAGAUUGACAAGCUUGAUGGUGUGAUUAGUGCAUCUGACGAAGGCGCAAUGCUCGACCACAAGGGUAAGUCUUGUUGGACUACCGCCCCACCUAAUGUUGGUAACCGCGAUGACGAGACAGAACGACAAGAAGACUUAGAAUUGGUUCUAUAA